AGUAACGUUUAAAUGGAACAUAACAGCUUUUCGCGAAUUUAUUCACCUUUUUUAUUUUGUAUAUGCAAUGAGUAUCAAGACAAAGACUAAGGCAGUUUCAGUUGCUACAAAAACAAUACAAUUAACAAAAAAUGAAUUAAAACAAGACGAUUUAAACUUUAAUCGGGAACAUGACCGUGUCUUAUCGUUCAAAGAUCUGAGCCUAAAUGAUAUCAGUACAGAUUUAAUGGCUCUUACUGGAUUAUACUACAUCGCUGAAACACAAGAAAUUAAAUGUUAUUUUUGUAAAUAUAUUCUGAAGAAUAUAACCAAAGAUGAAGACAUUAUUAAGCUACAUUACAAAUUUUCACGUGGAUGUCCCUUGAUGACGCGACGCAGAACCGCCAACAUUCCCAACGACGAAAUAAGGCUGGAUUUAAAUCUCCCGCCAUUAAUUUACGACGAAUGUGGCACAGGUCAAAGUUAUGCAAGUCCAUUUAGCUAUCAUGAAACCAAAUUUCCACAAUUUCAGAGUUUACAAGAACGACUGAAAACAUUCGCUACAUGGCCUAAAGAACUGAAACAAGAACCAGAAAAAUUGGCAGAAAGUGGUUUAUUUUACACGAAAGAUGGCGACAAAGUCAAAUGCUUCGAUUGUGGUCUCGGAUUGAAUAAAUGGGAAGCAGAGGACGAGCCAUGGAUAGAACAUGCGAAAUACGCUAAAAAUUGUCAAUAUGUGAAAUUUGUGAAGGGAAAGGACUUUACAGAACAAAUUAAAAAUAACAAAGUCACAAAAGUGAGAGAUAAUAGAAAUUCAGAAGAAAUGAAAAUUUUAUAUGAAAAUAAUUUAUGCAAAAAUUGCAACGAAGGACUUUCAGAGGUUAUCAAUUUGCCGUGUAAUCAUGACGGCUUGUGUUCGAUUUGUGCAAUCAGUCAAAAUAAGUGCUUUGUUUGUUUAACGACAAUUGAAGGUAGAGUGCGCUUGUAUUAUCAAUAAAAACAAAUAGAUAAAAAAUUGAAUGGAAAUACGUUAUCUUAUCUUAUCACGAGCUGAUGGCGUCAUGUUAUGAAUUUUCAUUACAAACUAAAAUUUCGAAGUAUUUGUGGAGAUUUCCUAUUAAUCACAAACAAAAAGUAUUAUUGAUUAAAAAUAAAGUUUUGAUUAAUUUUUCAUUUAGGCCGCUCCAAAUUUAUUUCGAACUUUUUGUCCCAAAAACUUUUUUUCAAAAUGGGGGGGGG